GGCAUGAGGUCAAACAACUCACGCAACUUUGGAACUUAGAGUGGAGCGAAACAUAUUUUAAAGCAAUGGCGAGCUAAAUAUUAAAAAAUGCACUUUAAGGGAGAAAUAAAAGUACACAUUUUUCUAAUUUCUUUUUAAGGCGACUAGCCAGAUCACAAAAUGUGCAAUUCAUCAUCCACUUCAAGGCAUCAAUGUCCAACAUUUUUCGAUAUUUGAUACACUCAUAAUACAUACAUCACCGAACAUAAAUUCUUGUCCAAGCCGGGGCAACCUAAUACACACUUCUUAUUAUCACUUUGCUGUUCUCUGUUUUGAUAACAAAAAAAUGGACUCUCUAUUCUUAGAUUUGCCCAAUUUAUUUUUUGUGAAUACAACAUGCAUAAGUUCUUCGAGCGUUUCUGGUAAUUUAGUAUAGAUUUCGAUUUCGAUAUAUGAAGACAGACGGGCGGACGGUCGGCGGGAGAGGCAAAUAAAAUCGAGAAUAAAAAUGAUUUUGGAAAUUGUUUUUGUGUUUGUGACGUUGCUUUUGUUAUGGGACUAUUUAUCUAAAAAGCGACGCAAUGACAUGCUGAGCUACAUGAAAGGGCCCAAACCUUUGCCGGUUGUGGGGAAUGUUCUCUCAUAUCGUGGCCAAAAUCCCGAACAAAUCAUGACAUUCAUUACCAACAACAGCAAAAAGUAUGGCGACAUGUACCGCGUAUGGAUACUACAACAGUUGGCUGUUUUCUCGUCGGAUCCUCGUGAUCUGGAGGUCAUUCUCAGUUCGCCCCAGCACAUAACCAAAAACAACUUGUACGAGUUGUUGCAUCAGUGGCUGGGCACUGGUCUGCUGAUGAGCACAGGCAAGAAAUGGCAUUCGCGUCGUAAGAUAAUCACUCCAACAUUCCAUUUUAAAAUCCUGGAGCAAUUUGUGGAAAUAUUCGAUCAGCAGAGUGGGGUAAUGGUUAAAAAAUUGAGCGAUAAGGCCGAUGGGAAGUCAGCAAUUAAUAUCUUCCCAGUUAUUUGUUCAAUGGCUCUGGAUAUUAUUGCAGAAACUGCUAUGGGCGUCAAAAUCAAUGCUCAAAAUAAUCCCAAUUUUCCGUAUGUCCAGGCCGUAUUUACCGUCACCAACAUUACCACCAAGCGCUUCAUCAACGUUUGGCAUCGAAUCGAUUGGAUAUUCCGUCUGACGGCGCCCACAGAAUACAAGCGAUUGAACGAGAGCAUCCGAUUGAUGCACCAAUUUACCGAGAACAUAAUUAUGGAGCGAAGGGAGUCACUGCAAAAGACCAUUGACCAAAAUCGAUCCCUCGAAGAGGAUGACCUCGGACAGAAGAAGCGCAUGGCCUUGUUGGAUGUGCUAUUGCAGUCAACCAUCAAUGGGGCUCCCCUGAGCAAUGAAGACAUCCGCGAAGAGGUGGAUACAUUCAUGUUUGAGGGCCACGACACCACCACCAGUGGCAUAUCAUUCGCCCUCUACCUCAUUGCCAGACAUCCCGACGUCCAAAAGAAAUUAAUGGAGGAGAUCGUAGAAGUGCUGGGCACCGACAAAGAGCGUCCAGUGUCGCUGAGGGAUUUGGGUGAAUUGAAAUACCUGGAGUGUGUUAUAAAGGAGUCAUUGCGUCUUUAUCCACCAGUACCUAUGAUUGGUCGAUAUUUCACCGAAGACGUUGAAAUUCGUGGCAAGAAAAUUCCGGCUGGUACCAAUUUCACAAUGGGCUUUUUCGUGUGCCUCCGCAAUCCCAAAUAUUUCCCCGAUCCGGACUCCUUUAAGCCGGAACGUUUCCUUGUGGAGAACGGGGCCAACAUCGAUCCCUAUGCUUAUAUUCCAUUUUCGGCGGGUCCUCGUAACUGCAUUGGCCAGAAGUUUGCUGUUUUGGAAAUGAAGAGCACCAUAAGCAAAAUGUUGCGCCACUACGAACUACUGCCCUUGGGACCCGACGUCAGACCGAUGAUGAAUUUAAUUUUGCGCUCGGCCAAUGGAAACCACAUUGGAUUGAAGCCCAGACAGUAUUAAGUCGACAAUGCAUUUUGUUUUAGUUUUUUUUUUCCACGCCGAACAGUAAAUGAAAGAAAGAAUAAUAAAUUUGUUGCAAAAAUGUAACAGAAAUUCAGA